CUUCCUCGCUGCAGACGCCCGAGCGGGACGGCGAGAGGCUGACUGCUCGCUGCGGCGCCGCUUCGCACCCUUCGCCUAUAAAUACCGCGGAGGAAGGACGGUCGCUCCCGGGCCGGUUCCCCGCCGCCGGCCCGAGCUGCCCGAUGGCACCGCCCGGCUGCCGCCGCGCCUGAGCCCCGCCUGAGCCCCGCACUUCGCUCCGCUCCGCUCGGCCGCCCCGCGCCCACCGCCCGCCGCCCCCCGUCCUCGCCCGGUUCUCUCCCCACCCGCGGGCCCCGGACAGACGAGACGAUGCGCUGCGCUCCGCCGGGGCUGCUGCUCGCCCAGCUGCACGCCUGCAUCUUCUGGAGCGGGCUGUGGCCCGCCGGCUGCCAGUCGCCCCCCGCCGCCUGGAGGCAGCGCAUCCAGUGGGAGAACAACGGACAGGUGUACAGCCUGCUCAGCCAGGGCGCUCAGUACCAGCCCCCGCGGCGCCGGCAGGCGGCCGAGCCGGCGAGCAGCCCCGUACUGCUGCUCCGGGGGAACGGCUCUGUGCCGCGGGCCGCCGCCGCCGCCGCCGCCCGGCCCCAGCCCGAGCCCCAGCCCCAAGCCCAGCCUCAGCCCCGGCCCCGGUCCCAGCCCGGCGGCAGCCGGGGCUCGGGCGCCCGGCAUUGGUUCCAGGCCGGCUAUCGGGCGCCCUCCGGCAGCCGCGCCGCCGCCAGCCCCUCGUCGGCGGCCCCGCGGUCCGGAGGUCCCGGCGACGAGAGCGAGCGGAGCGCCGGAGGGCUGCCCGCGCCCAGCGGUCUGCGGCCCGGGCGGGAGGACGUGAUGGUGGGCGACGACCCCUACAGCCCCUACAAGUACACGGACGAUAACCCCUACUACAACUACUACGACACCUACGAGCGGCCGCGCCAGGGCAGCAGGUACCGGCCCGGCUACGGCACCGGCUACUUCCAGUACGGUCUGCCCGACCUCGUCCCGGACCCCUACUACAUCCAGGCGUCCACCUACGUGCAGAGGAUGUCCAUGUACAACCUGCGCUGCGCCGCCGAGGAGAACUGCUUGGCCAGCUCAGCUUAUCGGGCGGAUGUUAGAGACUAUGACAACCGAGUGCUCCUGAGAUUCCCUCAAAGAGUGAAAAACCAAGGAACUUCAGAUUUCCUACCAAGCAGGCCUCGAUAUUCCUGGGAGUGGCACAGCUGUCACCAGCAUUACCACAGCAUGGAUGAGUUCAGCCACUAUGACUUGUUAGACGCCAGCUCGCACAGAAAAGUUGCUGAAGGACACAAAGCAAGUUUCUGCCUUGAAGAUACCUCCUGUGAUUACGGGUAUUACAGACGAUACGCGUGUACAGCGCACACGCAGGGAUUGAGUCCUGGCUGUUACGACACUUACAAUGCUGACAUCGAUUGCCAGUGGAUUGAUAUCACAGAUGUGAAACCUGGAAACUACAUUCUGAAGGUCAGCGUAAACCCCAGCUAUUUGGUACCUGAAUCUGAUUACUCCAACAACAUAGUGCGCUGCGAUAUACGCUAUACUGGCCACCAUGCAUAUGCCUCUGGCUGUACAAUUUCACCAUACUGAGAGAGACAUGAGAAGAUGGACGAGACGGUGCCAAGUGUUUUGAACUGAAGUACCAUUGUAUCAAUUUCCAUAGGACGUAAACAGUAUAGAAGCAAACCUACAGAACAUACACACCUACACCCACACACACCAUGUGAUCCUUUUGAAGCGCGUCGGCUGCUUCUCAGCAAAAUCCGAAGCUGGGUUUUAAGCAUCUGAAUUGGCAUUGUGUUUCUAACCAUUGAAAUGAGUGAAUCUGGUGACUCGUGCACAGAUACUCCAAAUUUUGAAGUAUUAGUUCAUUUGCAAAGACAAGCAACCCACAGGCAUUUUUCAACUCCUGCUAAUUCGGAGUUCAGGCGAUGAGAGAUAGACUUCAGUCAGAAUAUUACUGGUGAAUGAGUUGAGCAUAUUCUUAAAAAGGUAGCAAAUCUUUCUGUAAAAUGCAAUAGAAAGUGCUAACGCCAGCUGUCUCAGAAAGCACCAGAAUGAAAAACUGCUUGAGAGUGACCCCACUGUAACCAUUCAGACAAAACUUGCUGGGACGUGUUGAUACGAAUGAGAGAAGUACGUUCAGUUUUCAAGGGAUAUUAACAUAUAGCAGAGAAAUGCAUAUAUCUAUAUCUAUCUAUCAGUUACCCCCCUGCAAGAAAAGCUGUGUUUACACUUUUAAUACGUUAGAAGUUCUACCGUUUCCUUAAGUCCAAAGUGGAUGGGGUUUUGAAAGAAACCUUCCGUCCAUAGGAACAAAUUAAAGAACUUAUCCACCUUUCUACGUUGAAGAGAUCUUUCAAGGUGGGGCUCUUUAAAAGACUUCUGCACACGUAACGUGGAUAGAAAUGAUUACCUGCCAAGGAGAGGGCUCGCAGAGAUGGUGAAGAGUCCCUGGUGCAGUCAUCUGUGAGAAACAGUCCAUUUGAACAGGUUAGCCAUCAGAACAGCGCAGGCAGUUAACUCGGAUGGCACCACGAAAGAAAAGCAGGUCAGAAUCUCUAACGUGGUAUUUCCGUUGUGAGAAAGCCUAAUGCCUACUUCCCCCUUAAGUACUGCAUUUGGCUGUUAAAACUUGGAUCUAUAUCUCAGAAUUCGACCGGCGGAAUUGGGAAUACAGGGGGAGAACAGAAGCAAAUACACUAAGCAUCCUAACUUAGGCUGUUCAGGACCCAAACAUUGCUAAGGGGAAAAACUUCCAGCCCACAUCAAAUUUUUUUUUCACUGAACUUCUUACUGGUGCUGGGUACACCACCCCUCCUCCCAUCCCCAAAUUAUCUUGCUUUUGCAGUGCACCCUGCUGUAAGCUACAGUAGCUGUGAUUUUUGUCUUUAAACUGUGAAAUAACAUAUCACAAGGGGAUCUCGUGCUUUCUUUCGGAAGAUUUCAGAUCAUGUAAAAUGAAGGACCUACUUUUGAGACCAUGACCAUUUUUAAAACCAUGGUGUUGGUUAUGUUUAAGCAGGAGUUCCAUAGUGCCUAACGAAACGUGAAACCUCAGUACCACACACAUAUAUAUAGAUAUAUAGAUACAUAGAUACAAUAUGUGUGCUAUUCAGUAUAGUUGAAGAAAGGGAAAAAAACCUGAGGAAUACGCAAGGUUUUUGAUCACUGCUGAGAAUACUUCAGGCAGUGUUUGGAAGUGUUUUAUGAAAUAGAACCCUAUGAACUCUGUUUGCAAGUUCUAUCAGUUGUGAUAACCGUUACGGAUCAACGUGUUCUUUACUGCAUAUAUUUAUUUCAGGACUGUAAAGUACUUCCACCUUAAUCAUGACUAGGUUAUGCUUGUAGAGCUAGUUGGUAUGCUGAAAAAGCACCUAAGAACCAACAGCCCCCUUCUCACUGCCCAGUGUUUGAAGCGUGUCCUGAAUGCAGUUUAGACUGCAGGUCCUUUCUUUGUUUGCUCAGAGAUCCAUUUUAGCAAUCAGUUACCACUGUGGGCCCCAAAGAGGAGCAAAAUUUGGAGACCAGCUUUCUUAGGAGGCCAUUUAUUGCAUGCAUCUGCAAAGCGAGGGCCUGGUUCAAGUUUAGGCUUCUGAAAUCUCAGCUCAAAGAGUCUUUAAGGUUUGGGGGAUGCAAACGCAUUCACCUUUCUAGAAACUUAGGUCAGAAUUGGGGUGAAAGUCCUGGCAGCAGCUUGUGCAAUAGAAACACAAGCUACUACUGUAAUGGAAGCUAAGCUGUGGCGGGCACAGACUGCUUCCUGGUAAGAGGUGGUGUGCUCUUACUUCAUGGUGCUUGACACUGAACGUGGGAUAAGAGAGUGCUAACUGGACACAGAGCAGCUGAGGAGUUUCUCCCUCAGUUUUCAAGGCAGUACCCUGCUUGCGUAUCUAUAUCCAAACUACUUGCAGAACUCCACUGAGAUCAGCAAGAAGCCAGAGGAGCUUAAGCAUCCUGUUGUAGGUGGAGCAUGUUGUAGUACUGGACUUGGACCUUUCAGUGGGAAUGGCCUGGUUCGGAAAGGUGCUGAACGCCAUAACUGAGUAUUGGGGAUAUUGUGGUUACAGAGAUGUAGCUCUUUUCCGUAGCAAAACGUUGUAUUUGUUUUAAAGUGUAAGUUAAGGAACAUGACAGUGAUGUACAACAGCACAAACGUUGCCUAAGAUAACACGAGCGAUCUAUCCAGAAAAGCAAGGAGAUUUUAGGAUUAAAAAAAAAAAAAGAAGAAGAAAUGUGACUUUAACUUACCCUAUUUAACUAUAGUUAAUCACAAUGCAGUAGAAGAGUUGAUCAUAUAGCAAGUGUAGAAGCAUUUCUAAAUAGGGGAGUGCCAGCCAGUAUCUUCAGUAUCUUGGCUUUGCAGUUUUGACCCAGGUAUCUUAACUAUUUUCAUACUGGAAUAUAUUUAAGAAAUUACAUGCAUUUUUUUUGUUUGUUUGUUUGUUUGUUUUUGUUGAAAACCAUUUAUAUAUAUAUAUAUAUAUAUAAAAAAAAAAACAGUUUUGAUAACAUCUUAUGAAGCAAAUUCUGUCUUGGAACCCUUCCUGCCAGGCGUUUGAAUGGGAGUCAGCGGGAGCAGUAUCAGACGAGUUGCAGUACAAAAUCACUGCCGUGUGGUCUGAGAUCCUCUUUGAAAUGUGAGGACAUGAAGUACAUGUGCGAAGCAGUCGCCUCCCACAUUUCAGGCCUUCAGAUAAAAGCUGCUCAUAAGGGACACGCUGUGUAUCAGGCUCCCUACAGAAGGGGUUCGUUAAGUGGUUUUUUUUUUUUUAAUCCUGAAAUAUAUUUAGUAUUUGAAUACUUCUAGACAAAAACAUGACGAAAAUGACAGAUCGGUCACCAUCUGAACCAGCAUAUUGCGUAGAUGUUUUUUUUUUUUGUGUUGGUGAAAGCCUACUCGUUUUCUCUCUGCUCCAAAGUUUACUGUGCAGCGUUGAAUGGGUGCAAACACCAAACGUACCUUAGUCAUUUAUGUGUUGUUUGUACUGUACUCAUUCAAACCAGCAGGGUGAAUUUCACACCAGACAACCAAAGGUGGUUUAUCCUGUGUCUCACAUUUAUGCUGACAUGGCAUUUUUCAUUUUCUCCAAAUCCUAGAAGGUGCUGAAAGGUUUUAACUUGAAUUAAAACCGAUGAGUAUGUUACGGGGAGGUUUCUAUUAUGCAACUAACUGCUACAGAUUCAGUGAAAUGCCACUUGUUUUUGCAGCUUUUUUUGAAGUUUUCAUUAUUUCCUUCACUUUUCUUCCAACAGUCUUGACUUCAGCAAAACUUUGCAUCUUUAUCUGAUGAGUUCUUAUUUAUAAUAUUCAGACACUAGCUUUGUAUUCUUUAUUGCACUUUCAUAUUCUUGUGUUACAUGCCCGUAUUAUGGUUGCAAGUUUAUGUGAAAAUGACUUGAAUAAAACUUUUCAAGCGUU